AUGGCGCCUUCUUCCAAGCCGGCAGCUCCCCCCUACGCCAAGGACGAGAAGGUCUUGUGCUUCCAUCAUGACAUGCUGUACGAGGCCAAGAUCAUUGAGAUUGAUUCCACCGAGGAGGGUGGCUUCCGGUACAAAAUUCACUACAAGGGCUGGAAGGCCACAUGGGAUGACUGGGUCCCUCAGGACCGAAUCCGCAAACUGAACGAUGAGAACCGCGAGCUUGCCGCCCAGCUCAACCAGCAGGCUCGUGCGAGCAUGCAGAAGAAGUCUGGCCCGGCGAAGAAGGCAGGUCUGAAGAAUGGUUCCGACUUCAGCUCGGCUAGAGGCAGUGAGGAGAGAUCGGGUGCUGCGGCCACCAUGUCUGGGCGAGGCCGGAAGAGAGAUUUUGACUUGGAGAAUCUUCAGCACUACUCGUUCCUGAGGUUUGCGUUCGUCAAGAAAGAGGCAAAUUGGUACAAAGCCUCCCUACGCUACGACAAUCUCUCCAAACUGCCCCCUGAAACCCUUUCCCAAUCAAAUCCUGAAUUCAAAAAGGCCCUCCACGACUUCUACUUCAAAUCCACCGAUGAGGGAUUGAAGUCCAAUUUCAUAGCCGACGAGUAUCGUGACCCUUGGCCUGUCCCUUACAAGCGGGCGAAGCCGAAGAAGAGGGAGGAGACCCCGGAGUCUGAGGAGGAGUUGACCGCCGGGAUUCCUCCAAAGGACAGAGAGGAGUUCAACGAGGAGCUGCGUAGCUUCAUGCAGGAGCAUUGCCCGAGCGACCUUGAGGAACUUCCAGACCCCAUCGUCACAAAAACCGCCAAAGCCGAAAAGGCCAAAAAGGCAGUCAUCAACAGAGAGAAACGCGCUGCAGCGAAGGCCAGGUCAACCAUGCCCCCGCCUCAGCACACUCGCAACACCCGCCUCAGGGCCAAGGCCGCCCAGGCCACCACAGCGGCUGAUGUCCAGGCUCCGACUGGCGAUGCCACUGCGACAAAGGAUGCUACCACCACGGUAGCCGCACCUGACGCGGACGAGGACACAGUGAGAAGCAGGCGGCUCAGCGAGCCUCCUUUCAACUCAUUCAUGCGCGACACGCGCGCAGCCAUGACCCAGAACGAAUUCAAGAGUCGCCCAGUACUAGGUGUUGUGCCCAACAGCUACUAUGCUGCCGUGAACAAUGCCUACAACAGCGUCUACCCAAAAGCCAGGUCAUUGGGUGAUGAGCCCAUUGGCAACGACAUUCCACGUGCUCCCGCAAAUGGACAAGAGCCAGCAGCAAGCAAGCCGGAAACAACUACCAUCACUGCGCCCGAAAACACUACGGUGCCUAAGAAAUCUGCGGCUCCCAAGCCAACAGCACGCAAGACUCCAGCGCCCAAGACUGCAGCACCCAAGAAGUUGGUGCUAAUCAAGUCUGCGGCUACCAAGAACGGUACAAGUAAGGCGGCAUCUAUCAACACCGCCAACAGCAGCGUGGGCAAGGGUAAAUCGGCAGUUAUCAAGCUUCCAAGGGCUGUCAAGGCCUGUGACCCUUGCCGAGCGCACAAAACCCGUUGCACCGGAGGCACACCCUGUGACGCCUGUGUCAGAAGAGGUUUCAACUGCGUCUACGUCCCGGGUGGAAGAAAGACACCCGUGAAGCGAGCUCGUGAAGACAGCCAGGAGAUAGUGAAGAAGGAGCCCCUCGACAAGGACGCAGAGCAGGAGGGCCGGCCAGCGAAGCGAGCGCGCAAGGAGAAAGCAACUUCUACCAAGACGGACUCCGCCAACAGCUGUGACGGCACGGCUGAAGCUCCCAAUGCCCAACCCUCGAAGAUACUGCCCUCCAUCGAGGAGCUUCCUGAGGACAGCGAGGGACCGAGUGCUCAGCCCUCGAAGAUGCAAUAUCUCAGCCAGCCCAAGAUUGGCAAGAACGCGAUGAUCCAGCCCACCAAGAUACAGUCCUCCUACUCCGGUCGGAUCACGCGAAGUCGUAGCCGUCAGUUGAGUGAGGAAGCGGAGGCUCAGACUGCAAAGCUGCAGUACAAGGGCAAGCGAGCGCGUGAGGAGACAGAGGAGCUCCUCGAGCGCCCUGCAAAGUUGCAGCGCGCGACGCGCAAGGGCCCCAACUACCGCAAGCCUGAUGGCAACCCCAAGAUACUUCGAGCGAUCGACUCCAUGAGCGUUGACUCCGAGGGCAACGCCCAGACGGACUCGCCGUGGGAAGGCUAUGACUACGAAGCCACGUGGAUGAGCCACACGUACAUGGAGUGGGAGAAGUCAUUUGAUUGGCCUGAUCUUAACCUGAAGUCACAGGACGAAUCCUUCCACGCUCGACCCUCGAUCAAGCUUGUCAUGACCGAUGUCCUGAAGGGGAUUCUCGUGGAUGACUGGGAGCAUGUCACCAAGGACUCGCAACUUGUCCCACUGCCGCACGAGCAACCGGUCGUCAAGAUUCUGAACGACUACCUGGAAGAUGAGAUGCCAAAGCGCGAGGAAGAUUCCGCUCAGGUCGACAUUCUCAAAGAGACGAUCGCGGGGCUUCGCGAGUACUUCGAUCGAGCCCUUGGUAGAAUCCUCCUCUAUCGCUUCGAGCGAUUGCAGUACUCUGAGUUGCUCCCACAAUGGGAGAACGAGAAAGACGGAGGACCGAGCAGUGUUUAUGGAGGCGAACAUCUUUGCCGACUGCUUGUCUCGCUGCCGGAGCUGCUUGCCCAAACCAACAUGGAUCAGCAAUCUGUCAGCCGCCUUCGCGAGGAACUGACCAAGUUCACCAACUGGCUGAGCAAGAACGGCCAGAAGUACUUUGUCCGAGAGUACGAGGUUCCCGGGCCAGAAUACCAGGAAAAAGCCAAGAGCUCCUAG